AUGAAGUUCAACCCCGACACCUCCUCGUCCCGGCGCAAGAGCCACAAGGCGCACUUCGGUGCGCCCUCGUCCGUGCGCCGCAAGAUCAUGUCGGCUCCCUUGUCCAAGGAGCUCCGCGGCAAGCACAACACCCGAUCAAUCCCCAUUCGCAAGGACGAUGAGGUUCGGAUAGUUCGGGGAAAGUACAAAGGCCGUGAGGGCAAGGUCACUCAGGUGUACCGCAAAAAGUGGGUCAUCUACGUCGACCGCGUCCAGAGGGACAAGUCGAACGGCGCUACCGCUUCGAUCGGCAUCCACCCGUCGAAGGUCGUCGUCACCACCCUCAAGCUCGACAAGGACAGGCGAGCAAUUCUUGACCGCAAGGAUCGCAAGAAGAACGCAGGCGGUGAUGUCGAGAUGACCGACAAUGCGUGA